AUGGCAGACCUCUCCUCCCAGGUUCAAGACACAACAAAAGAUACUGCCUCUUCCAGAGAGCAGGAAUCCCCUGGUGCGUUCAAUAGUCCUUCACCAAGUUUGGCGCUUAUCGUCCCCAUUGCAGUCAAUCUUGAGUCAGUCCCCAGGAGCGGUGCUGGCGUCGUGAAUGAUUCCGGAGAAGUCUUAGAUGACGCCGGAAAGAACGUUGGCAAGAUCGCCGACACCGAUAACCUCCAGAACCUCGUUGGCAACACCGUCAACCAAGCCGGUGACGUUGUCAGCUCCUCGGGCGAUGUCCUCGGCAAGACCCUGCCCAUAGGACAAGGCAAGCCCGAGGAGGAAGAGGACUCCCACGACGAGGAGAAGAGCGAAUACACAACCCAGUCCAAGGAGAAGAAGUCUGGUGGUCUGGGAAGCGCCGUCGGUAGCGUUACCGGCGCCGUCGGAAAGGCUGUUGGAGGAGCCACAGGAGCUGUUGGCGACACAGCGAAGGGUGCCACAGAUACCGUCGGCGACACAGCAAAGGGAGCUACAGACACCGUUGGCCUCGGCGACACAACAAAGGGCGCUACAGACGCCGUUGGCGAUACAGCGAAGGGUGCCACAGAUACUGUUGGCGGCACCGCAGAGGGCGCCACAGACACCGUUGGUGAUGCGGCUGAGGGCAUUGCCAACAAGUCAGAAGCCACCUCCCAAGCUACCGACACAAAGACACCAGCCGAGACUCCCGGAGCCCCAGAAGUCAAGGAUGAAACACCCGAUGUCAAGUCUGAGGACCAAGGCCAGAAGGACAUCAACCUCGAGGACCGCGACGCUUCUGAAGCUGGAGAUAAGCUGAAGGAGAUUCCUCCAGAGUCUGAGGAAGCUAAGGAGGCAACCGGCAAGGCAGAGGAGACUGCUGAGGGUGUUCCUGAGCAAGCCAAGGAUAUCCCUGAGGAGGCCAAGGAGGACGUUACCUCUAAGGUCGACGAGCAAGAUGUUCCUAAGCCUGAGGAUGUUGAGGAGAAGCUUCAAGAGAAGACUGAGGGUGCCCAAGACGAGGUUCCCAAGUCUGAGGCUGCCGACGAGAUCCCCAGCGGCGAGGCUCCUGGUGAUGACGGUGACAAGUCCAAGGCUGGUGAUGACCUGAAGUCUGUCGCUCCUGGCGAGGAGGCUGCUGGUAUCACCGAUGAGGUCCAGGACAAGGCUGCCGAGGGCGAGGAAGCCGCCAAGGAUCUUCCUGAGGAUGCCCAAAGCAAGGCCGCCGAAGGUCAAGAAGCCGCUGAGGGCAAGGUUGCUGAGGGUGAGGAAGCUGCUGGUGAUCUCCCCGAGGAUGCCAAGAGCAAGGCAGCCGAGGGCGAAGAGGCUGCUGGAGGCCAAGUCGCUGAAGGUGAGGAGGCCGCUCAGGAUCUUCCUGAAGACGCCCAGAGCAAGGCCGCUGAAGGCGAGGAGACCGCCGAAGGCAAGGUUGCUGAGGGCGAGGAAGUUGCUGGCAAUGCCACCGAGGAGGCCAAGGACAAGGCCGCUGAGGGUGAAGAGGCCGUUGAAGAGAAGGCUGCUGAGGGUGAGGAGGCUGCCAAGGAGCUCGACUUCUCCAUCCUUAAGGGCACUACUGUCGACAAGGAGGGCAACCUCGUCAACGAGAAGGGCGACAAGCUCGGCAAGGUUGUCGAGGGAGAGCUCAAGCAGCUCAUCGGUCUCAGCAGCGACGAUCAAGGUGUCAUCUGGGACAAGACCGGCAAGCAGCUCGGAAAGGCUGAGCCCAUCCCCGAGUGGGACCGCGAGCAGCUUGACUUCUCCAUCCUCAAGGGUACCACCGUCGACAAAGAGGGUAACCUCGUCAACGACAAGGGCCACCUCAUCGGAAAGGUCACCGAGGGCGAGAUCAAGCAACUCAUUGGUCUCACUUCUGAUGAGCAGGGCACCAUUUGGGACAAGACUGGCAAGAAGGUCGGAAAGGCCGAGCCUCUUCCUGAGUGGGAGCGUGGUGAGCAGAAGGAUUACAGCAUCCUGAAGGGCACCACUGUUGACAAGAACGGAAACCUCGUCAACGAGAAGGGUCACCUUUUCGGUAAGGUCGUUGAGGGUGAGAUCAAGCAGCUUAUCGGCUUGGCUUCUGAUGAUCAGGGUACCAUCUGGGACAAGACUGGUAAGGCUGUUGGUAAGGCUGAGCCUCUUCCCGAAUGGGAGCGUGGUGAGCAGAAGGACUUCUCUAUCCUCAAGGGAGCUGUUGUUGACAAGGAGGGCGGUCUCACCAACGACAAGGGAGACACCAUCGGUAAGGUCACUGAGGGUGAGAUCCGACAGCUCGUUGGUCUCAAGUCUGACGAGAACGGCAAGAUCUGGAGAGACGGCAAGGUCGUCGGCCAGGCUGAGCCUCUCGCUGAGUGGGACCGCGUCCAGAAGAAGGACCGCUCCAUCCUCAAGGGCGCCAAGGUCAACAAGGUCGGCAAGCUCGUCGACGCCAACGGUACUGUCGUCGGCAAGGUUGUUGAGGGUGAACUGAAGGAGCUCAUUGGCAAGCGCGCCGAUGAGAACGGUGACAUCUGGAACGACUCUGGCGAGGUCAUCGGCAAGGGUGAGCCCGUCUCCAUCUCCGAGCGAGAGGAUAAAGCAUCCGCUCCCUUCGAGCACUUCCCCGGCGCCACCGUCGAGUCUGACGGCCGUGUCAUGUACCAGGGCGAGCAGGUUGGUGAGGUCGUCGAAGGUGAUCCCAAGCAGCUCAAGGGCAGCGAGGUCGAUGAGGAUGGUGACAUUCUCGACCGCCGUGGCAACACUGUCGGUAGGGCCAAGCGCUGGGAAGCUCCUGAGGCUGAGGAGGAGAAGCCCGUCGACAACUCUGCCCUUGCUGGCAAGCGCGUCAACAAGGCUGGUAACCUCGUCAGCGAGUCUGGUGAGAUCUACGGCCGUGUCGUUGAGGGUGAUGUCCAGAAACUAGUCGGACGCAUGUCUGACAAGGAUGGAAACAUCCGAAGCGAGUCUGGCGACAUCAUUGGCAAGGCCGAGCUCGUCUCUGAGGGUGAGCGCGGCGGCAAGAAGGAGGGUCCCUUCGCUCAGCUCAAGAACUGCACCGUCGGCAAGGAUGGCAAGGUCGUCAACGGAGCUGGCGAGGUUGUUGGCAAGCUUGUCAUCGGUGAUGCUAAGGCUCUUGCGGGACGUGCUGUUGAUGAUGAUGGUGAGAUCACCGACUCCAACGGCAAUGUCAUCGGCAAGGCUGAGCGUUGGGAGGAGCCUGAGAAGGAGCAGAAGCACAACCCUCUCGCUGGCCGAAAGGUGAACCGUGAGGGUAACGUCGUCGACGCUGAUGGCAACAUCAUCGGUAAGCUUACCAGCGGUGAGCUCCUCGACUGUGCUGGCAAGGAGAUUGACGAGGAUGGUGAUGUCUUCAACCAGAAGGGCGCUGUCAUCGGUCACGUCUCUCUUCUCGAGGAUAUCCCCAAGGAGGAGGAGCCUGAGCCCGAGGGUGAAACUGAGGAGGAGAGAAUCAAGCGUGAGCAGGCUGAGGCCGAUGAGGCCAAGCAGACUGAAGAGGCUGAGAAGAACAAGAAGCUUGCUCAACAACUGGCUUACCAGAUUGAGCAGACUCUUGAGAGGCUCCGACCCAUCUGCAAGUCCAUCAACGACAAGAUCAGCGCCGCUGAGGCUCAGAAGCCUGAGGACCGUGACGAGGAGGAACUUGUCCGACAGGUCAAGCCUCUCAUUGAGGACGGUGGUAAGAUCCUGACCGAGACCAACGGUAUCAUCCGUGGUCUUGACCCCGAUGGCCGUAUCGCUCGCAACGCCAAGCAGAAGACUGCUGGUGGUGAGGCUACUCCCGAGGAGGCUCACCUUGCCAACUUGCUCAAGGAGCUCUCUACUGAGAUUCAAACCACCAUCGAGGAGGGCAAGCGCAAGCUCGAGGGUAUGCCUCACGCUAAGAAGGAGAUCAACCCUCUCUGGGGUCUCCUCGCCGAGCCUCUCUUCCAGAUUGUCGCUGCUGUUGGUCUAUUGCUCAGCGGUGUGCUCGGCCUUGUUGGCAAGCUUCUCGGUCCCAUCCUGGGUCCUCUGCUCAACGGUCUUGGUCUUGGUGGUCUGCUCGAUGGCCUUCUCGGAGGUCUUGGCCUCAAGAAGAUUCUUGGCAGCCUUGGUCUCGGUGACGUCGUCGGCACACUUGCUUCUGGCGUGGCCUUCCUGAACGAUGCAACGAUGCGUCUCUUCCUCAUACGCCAUGGAGAGACAGUCGACAACGUCGCAAACCUCUAUGCCGGGUCUCGCGACUCAGCCUUGACUGCCCACGGCGUAAUGCAAGCUCAACGGCUAGCAUCGCACCUCUCUGAGCACGUCGCCAUUGAUCGCAUCUUCUCGUCGAACCUCAGCCGUGUCGUGCACACCGCCCAGGCUAUCCUCGAUGCGCAGAAACGCGCGGAGGAUCUGAAGUUGAUUCAGGUGCCGGAGCUGAGGGAGAAGGACUUUGGGACGGGCGAGGGUACCAAGUUUGGGGCUGCGGCGAAGCAUGAGGGCUCUGAGACACCGCUGGCGAUGAGGAAGAGGGUUGAUGUCUUUUUGGACGAGCAUUUGCCUCGACUGGAUGAAGACUCGACCGUCUGUAUCGUUGCUCACGGCAUCAUUCUCGGUACUUUCUACAAAGCACUCCGCGACAGGACCUCUGCUUCAGCUGGUCCAGAUGCCGAACCGGAAGGUCAAGCAUCUGCUUUCGUGCGCCCCUCAUGGAGCAACACCGGCUACAUCGAGGCCCUCAUCACGCGCGACUCUUCCGACAAGCAUCUCCACAUGCGCGUCGUGAAGAUCAACAGCAUUGACCACCUCAAAGGUCUGAGAAAGACCCGAGGUGGAAUUGGCAGUGCCAAGUUCGACGCGAAACAAAAAACGAUGGACUCAUUCUUCAAGCCGGCAUCGCGAAAGCGCAAGCUCGAAGAUGAGGACAUCGUAUCUCGCCUAGGGGAGGAAAAGAAAACUCAGGACCUUGACCCUAAGGGAUGA